AUGGCAAGUAAACAACAAAGGUGCAACCAUUGUGGAAUACUACUAUUUAUUCCACUAGAGGUCCAAGCCUUUAAAUGUUCAAUGUGCAAUGGCAUCACACAUGUUCAAUCCACAGGUCCCAUGAAUCAAGCCUACAACUCUCUUAAUCAUAUUGCAGGUCUUUUUAGAGGCUUCAUGAAUACUAUAACAACUAGUUCAGCAAUUAACAGCAAUUCAGGUAAUUAUGGAACAAAUCAUUUUGGGUACUAUCUUCUGCCUCAGCCACAAAGGCCUUCAUACCCUUUGAAUCCUCCUUCUCCAUAUGGCUCAAAAAGGGCAGUUCUGUGUGGAAUCUGCUACCAUGGGAGGAGUUACAGGCUUAAGGGCUCCAUCAAUGAUGUAAAGUAUAUGAAAUACUUUCUGAUUAAGGAGUUUGGGUUUCCAAGUGACUCCAUUCUCAUGCUCACAGAUGAUAAGGAGGAGAGAAAUCCACUGAAAAUCCCAACAAAAUAUAACAUUCAAAUGGCUUUAAGGUGGCUGAUUGAGGGUAGCAAAUCAGGGGAUUCACUGGUGUUCCAUUACUCAGGACAUGGCACACAGGAAGUCAACAUGAAUGAGAUUGAUCAUAGCUAUAGGUAUAAUAAUGCAAUUAGUCCUGUUGAUCAUGAGCUCAGGGGGAAGAUACUGAAUGAUGAGAUUAAUGGAACAAUUGUUAGACCACUACCAUUUGGUGCUAAACUUCAUGCCAUUAUUGAUGCAUGUCACAGUGGGAAUGUUCUUGAUUUAUCAUUUGUGUGCAAGAUGAACAGGGAAGGGUAUUAUACAUGGGAGGAUCAUAGAAGUUCAAUAAAUUAUAAAGACACAAAAGGAGGGGUAGCAAUUUGUAUUUCAGCUUGUGAAGAUGGUCAAGUCUCUGUAGAUACCUCUGCCUUAAGUGGCAAAGAAGUUACAGGUGCCUUGACUUAUAGUUUCAUACAAACAGUGCAAAAUGAACCUGGGUUGACUUAUGGUCACAUGCUUAGUACCAUGCGCUCUACCAUUCAUGGGACUAAAACAGGCAUAGUUACUUUAAAUGGACCAAUUGCUUCACUCUUAAAUAGACUUCUUGGCCUACGCAUCAAACAGGAGGCACAAUUAUCAUCCUCCGAGUUGUUUGACAUGUAUAAGAAGCAGUUUAUACUAUGA